ACCAUGAUAUCUUUCUCUCUCUAAUUCAAAUGUUUUAUUGACAUGUAAAGUGUUACCAUUCUGUACAUGGGCACAUUUAACAUCUAGAAAGAUGACAGAGAUAAAUGCAAAUGAUACUCACUGAGCCCCCUCGUCCCUCCAGGUGAUCAACAUCAUCAACGCAGCCCAGGAGUCUAGUCCAAUGCCCGUAGCAGAGGCCCUGGACCGGGUCCUGGAGAUCCUGAGGACCACAGAGCUCUACUCUCCUCAGCUGGGCACUAAGGAGGAAGACCCCCAUACUAACGACCUGGUGGGAGGACUGAUGACGGAUGGCUUGCGCAGAUUAUCAGGAAACGAAUACAUCUUUGCUGCGAAGCAGCCCCACCUCCCAAGUCACCUAGCCAUGCCCCUGUCGUUGAAUGACAUCCCUCCUCACGUUGCCCAGACAAUGGAGAAUGAAGACUCCUGGGACUUUGACAUCUUCAACCUGGAGACUGCCUGUCUGAAACGGCCUCUGACCUAUCUGGGCCUGAAGAUCUUCUCUCGGUUCGGGGUGUGUGAGUUCCUGAGCUGUCCCGAGGCCACUCUCCGCUCCUGGCUGCAGGGGAUCGAGGCUAACUACCACUCCACCAACUCCUACCACAACUCCUCACAUGCUGCCGAUGUCCUGCACGCCACCGCAUACUUCCUCUGCAAGGAGAGGGUCAAGCAAAGUCUGGAGCAGAUUGAUGAGGUGGCGGCUCUGAUAGCAGCCACAGUACACGACGUGGAUCACCCGGGACGCACCAACAGCUUCCUGUGUAACGCAGGAAGUGAGCUGGCCAUCUUGUACAACGACACGGCCGUGCUAGAGAGCCACCACGCUGCCCUUGCCUUCCAGAUCACCACACGGGACGACAAGUGUAACAUCUUCAAGAACAUGGAGAGGAAUGAGUACCGUACCCUGCGUCAGGCCAUCAUAGACAUGGUGCUCGCCACAGAGAUGACAAAACACUUUGAGCACGUCAACAAGUUCGUCAACAGCAUCAACAAGCCACUGGCCGCGCUGGAGGAGAACGGGGGAAUCGGCGACGAGGAGUCUGUCAAAGGCAUCCUAACGUCCCCGGACAACCGGAUCCUUGUCAAGCGUAUGCUGAUCAAAUGUGCCGACAUCUCCAAUCCGUGCCGACCGCUGGAGCUGUGUAUAGAAUGGGCCGGACGCAUCUCAGAGGAAUACUUUGCACAGACUGACGAGGAGAAGAGGCAGAGUCUACCGGUGGUCAUGCCUGUGUUUGACAGGAACACCUGCAGCAUUCCUAAGUCCCAGAUCUCCUUCAUAGACUACUUCAUCACAGACAUGUUUGACGCCUGGGAUGCGUUCGCAGACCUUCCCAACCUCAUGCAGCACCUGGACAACAACUUCAAGUAUUGGAAAGGCCUGGACGAGCGGAAGCUGCACAGCCUGCGUCCUCCCCCAGAGUAGGAGCACCCUGACUGGGGUCGACGCCAGGCCCUGGGCCCCUCCUUGGUUCCUGUCCGUCCAGGGCUACCAAGCCUUCACUCUUCUGCUUCUGUAACACGCCAUCAAGCGUCCACAUGUCCGUCCAACAGAGACAACACAUACUGACAGACGGACGGACGGACGUGCUGCAGCAACACCAGGCUCUUGCUUCAUACAUAAACCUCGCUAGCUGAGGAUGGAUGAUGGACAGACACACGGCGCCUCAGAGUCCUUAUAAACAACCAGUGCCUGGUGGGCUUGUCUGUAUGCUCCUACUGCUGCCAGUGAGGCUGUGUGAGGGACUGUUCUUCUCCCAGCCAACCUAGUGAUGGAUGUACCAUCCCCCUAGUACUCACACACACACACGGGUUCCCCCUGCCUCUCUCUCUGUCUCUCUGUCAGUCAGAGGCUGAGGAUGUUACUGUCUCUCUGCAGACUGACUGCUGGUUCACUGUUGGUAGAGCUACGGAGAAACAAACAAACAAACUGAACAUUGAGAUGUCAGGUGGUUUCAAGUCUCUGGCACCUCCAAUGAAAAACUGUUUGGAGGAUCAGCUGAUGGGACAGGUCACAAUACACAGUUUUUCCUUCCAAAUGGCACCCUAUUCCCUAUAUAGUGCACUACUUUUAGGAUAAAAGAGUCUAUGGGACUCUGGUCAUAAGAAGUGCACUUUAUAUAGAGAAUAGGGUUCCAUUUGGGAUGGCCCACAAUGUCAAAUCCACAUCAGACUGUACUACCCAGUGUAUGGUGGGCAUUCGACCGGAUAAAUCCCUAUAUCGCCCCCCAGUGGCCACCAGGUUGAACUACACUCCACCUCCACUGGCUGCCACCAUCACCCUUCACUUUGUCUUCUAUCUGUAUUUCCUUUGUUUCUUUGUCCUUCAGAAGCACCUCGUCCACUAGAGGACCUGUAGCGACGGGAUGGGACACGAGGCCGUCCUAAACACACUAAAAUUGUGUUCCAUAUAACACCCUAUUCCCUUUAUAGUGCACUACUUUUGACCAGAAUCCUAGUCAAGAGUAGUGCACUAUUGCCGUAUAGGUCCUGGUCAAAUGUAGUGCACUAUAAAGGGAAUAGGGUGCCAUUUUUGGACGCAUCCAGAGACAUACGGUUGUGUGGGGUGGGGGUGUGAUCACGGGUGUUCAGUGGGUGGAGCUAAUUAACUGUCCUCAGGCCCCUGGUGAAAGACACAAACAUUCAGACAUCUUGGUCAUAGCUAGGUCAUUAUUACAGACAAUUUGGUAUUUUUAUUUUGUUUUAAAUGUUCCAUAUUUUCUUUACAACAAAAAAAUAAUGUGUAACAUCAAUUAAUGAAUUAACGGAUGAAGAUGAUGAUGAAGAAAUUAGAACAAAAAUAAGAAAAGAUGAAAGAAAGAAAAGCCAAAGCUGAAUAACAUAAUAUUAUAUAACUCUCUGAGUCUUGUCGAUGAUGAGGAGGAGGAGGAUUAUUAUCCAUAAGAAAACAUUAACGUUAUAAACAUUUAUUUUUAUUUUAGUACAGUAUCAGUUUGAAUGGACAUCUUUGUAUUGCACUGUAAAACAACAGUUAAAUUGUGUAUAAUGUCUCAGUGAUUUAGUCCAUGGAUGGGAAUCGGGACAUUAACUUGUGGGAAUAAGCUGUUGUUGUUGUUGUCUCAUCACCUCUGCCAGUGUGUGUGUGUGUCACAUUUCAGUUGAAUACAUUCAGUUGGACAACUGACUAGGUAUCCCCCUUUCCAUCGGCGAUCUCACCUGUCUGUGGAUUUAACAAACGCUGUUGACCGACAAAAAGGAACUCACGUCAUCCCGCUACAGCAGAAAUCUGAGAACAAGAAAAACUAUGUUUUGGACUAGAAAUUUUUCUCACAGAAAUGUUUGUAUCAGGUUUAUCCUACUGAAACAGACUGCCUUAUUUUAUACAAUAUUUCUACAGUACAUCGUCCCAGCUACAGUACAUCGUCCCAGCUACAGUACAUCGUCCCAGCUACAGUACAUCGUCCCAGCUACAGUACAUCGUCCCAGCUACAGUACAUCGUCCUAGCUACAGUACAUUGUCCCAGCUACUGUACAUCUUCCCAGCUACAGUACAUCGUCCCAACUACAGUACAUCGUCCCAGCUACUGUACAUCAUCCCAGCUACAGUACAUCGUCCCAGCUACAGUACAUCGUCCUAGCUACAGUACAUCGUCCCAGCUACAGUACAUCGUCCCAGCUACAGUACAUCGUCCCAGCUACAGUACAUCGUCCCAGCUACAGUACAUCGUCCCAGCUACAGUACACCGUAGAACUACAGUUCAUCGUACAGCUACAGUACAUCGUCCCAGCAAUAGUACAUCGUAUAGCUACAGUACAUCGUAGCGCUACAGUACAUCGUCCCAGCUACAGUACAUCGUCCCAGCUACUGUACAUCGUCCCAGCUACAGUACAUCGUCCCAGCUACAGUACAUCGUCCCAGCUACAGUACAUCGUCCCAGCUACAGUACAUCGUCCCAUCUACAGUACAUCGUCCCAGCUACAGUACAUCGUCCCAGCUACAGUACAUCGUCCCAGCUACAGUACAUCGUCCCAGCUACAGUACAUCGUCCCAGCUACAGUACAUCGUCCCAGCUACAGUACAUCGUCCUAGCUACAGUACAUCGUAGAGCUACAGUUCAUCGUACAGCUACAGUACAUCGUCCCAGCUACAGUACAUCGUCCCAUCUACAGUACAUCGUCCCAGCUACAGUACAUCGUCCCAGCUACAGUACAUCGUCCCAGCUACAGUACAUCGUCCCAGCUACAGUACAUCGUCCCAGCUACAGUACAUCGUCCCAGCUACAGUACAUCGUCCCAGCUACUGUACAUCGUCCCAGCUACAGUACAUCCCACUGUGCAAUGGCUAAGGACAUAUGGAUGUUUUUUAAUAACAUAGUCAGAAAACAAAUAUAUGUUCAAGUAAAUGUCAAUAUUUUUAUAGACUAUGAAUUUUACACUGGAGUGACAGGAAUAACAGAACAACUUAUUAACUAUCUGGGUACCUGCUGUGAAAUGUUUUGUUGGGUUGGUAGAGAAACAUUUCAGUCCUGUAAACAGAGAAACUCUGUCUGUGUCCGAAAUUGCACUCUAUUCCCUAUAUGGUGCAUCUCUGGUUAAAGGUAGUGCACUAUAUAGGGAAUAGGGUGCCAGCCCUGGUCUAAAGUAGUGCACUAUAUAGGGAAUAGGGUGCCAGCCCUGGUCUAAAGUAGUGCACUACAUAGGGAAUAGGGUGCCAUUUGGUACGCACUCUAUAUGAUUAUAAUGAUCAAUUAAGGAUGUGGAUCACAGAAUUGUCUAUCACUGUCUUUUCCCCCUCUGUCUCCUAGAAACCAGCUUGCUUUGACUUGAUGUUGACCAACGUCGUCCUAUUAUUGGCCAUUUGUUCAAGAUCCUUGUAACACGCAGACAAGGAGUCACUUUACCCAGGGUGCUCUGCCCAAGGGUGCUUUCAGAUGAGGAUACUAAUAUAUGUUAAACAAUGUUGCUUAUUAAGAUGAUGUCCUAUUUAAACAUAAAUAUAUAAAUACCAUAACACAUAAGCCAACGUCGGUUGAUGAUGAUGUGUUUUAUUAUUAUUGACCGAUGAGUAACUUAAUAACUCUUUCAGGCUGAAUUAAACACUUAAUCAGGGAAUUGGUUUGUUCCUUAUGAUUCACUACUACUUCUGGUCUGAAGGCACCGAAGAAAAGAAAAAAAAAAGGAAACAAAUUAGAAA